AUGCUGGUCUGCGUCGUUGGCAUCAACCUUUGCUUUGGUUGGUGGUCCGUCAAGCAGGAGCGGGCCAUCACACAGCCCUACUUCAUAGCCGAGAGUACAUUUGCAACUUCGAUGGCCACUAUUGCAGCGGCAUCGCACGACGCACGCCGUGCCGCGGCGUUGGCGACGGCAAAGUUGAACGCCCCACCUGGUAAGCCGCACGCAAUUUACCUCUCCACCGUGUACGGCAUCAGUCUAACACAAACGUUGGCAGGCGCCAUCGUGAGUGCAAUGCUCCUGGGCGUAAAUAGUCUGCUUCAGCGUUUCAUGCGGCGCCGCCAGCUGCAGCCCUACCUUCAGGGUUCUCUUACGGCGAACGCACCGACAGCACAGGAUCAGCAUCAACACACGGAGUUGGAUCGGCGAGACGUGCUCGAGAUGCUGGCCAUGGGCUUCUCCAACAUCUUCGGCACUUCGCUCGGCUACGCUGCCAUGCGCCGCCUCUCCUACCCUGUCGCGCUGACCGCAAAGAUGGGCAAGAUGCUUCCCGUUAUGUUAGUUGGGUUUCUGUGGUACCGCACCCGUUAUCCGGCAACGAAAGUGGCGUCAUGCCUGCUCAUCACCGGUGGCGUCAUCGCCUUCUUCUUGCUGGAGGAGCGCAUUACUAGCACCGCUAACCCACCCUCUGUCGCCGCCGGUGGUGGAAGCAGCAGCAGCACUGGACCAAGCACAAAGGGCGGCAAGUCAUCCUCCUCGUCCUCUUUCCUCGGCAUGGUGCUGCUCCUGUUAAACCUGUUCAUGGACGGCUUCACAAACUCAACCCAGGAUAUCCUUGUCAAGCGGCACCGGUGGAGUGGCAUGUCCCUGAUGAUGAGGACAAACCUCGUCUCGGUGCUAUGUGCCCUGUGGCUUCUCUUCCUACUGGAGUUUGGGGAGCAGCCGUGGCACUGGCUGACGUCGUUCUCGCACUGCGCCGUAGCUUUGGCGAUACGCAUUCCCCUCAUGUCGGACAGCGCGUUGGGCCGCGCACUGGGAGCGUGGCUGGGGCAUACUGAGGCAGUCUUGGCUGCCCCAGCCACGGUCCCGUUCCACGACCUCUCCCAUUUUCUCUCCUUUCUCGCGCACUGCCCCGAAGCGCGCCACGACGUGCUCCUCAUGAGUCUCCUGAGCGCUCUUGGGCAGCUGUUUAUCUUUCACACGAUCACCGUCUUCGGAACGCUGGCGCUGACGGCGAUGACGCUGCUGCGCAAGGGCGGCAGUGUCAUUCUCUCCAUUGUGGUACACGGGCACGCGGUGCAAAGCGUGCAGUGGGCCUCGCUCGGUGCCGUCUUCAUUGGAGUCCUUCUUGAGGGCUACAUCAACAUCCAAGAAGCCUCGCGCAGGCAGGUGCAGACGGCCAUGAAAGGCAUCGGCGCCGGUAGCCAUGAGCAGCACGCGCAGGAGCGUGGGGCGCUGUAUGACGUUGCAGCAACCGCAAGUUCAUCGUCUAGAAAGGCCGCCCCCGUCAGCGUCACACCGACACCCGAAUGUGCGAGCGAUCCAGCGGAAGCAGCCGCGACAGCACUAGCCGGGGUGCAGGUGCUUCGCAGCAUCGCCGUCCCCGCCUCGCCGCCUCUGAGAGCAAAGAAGACGCAGUAG